CCGAACGUUUGUGUGGGCCACUUAAGGAGGUGCGCCGACCAAACGGCACAUACUUUCUCAGUGUAGAAUCAGCGAGAUGAAGAGCAGCAACGAUCCUUCAUCAUGUGCUCCGGGCUCCCAAGGACCGCCUGCCUGCUGCGACUCGUUGCAUUCUACAUCCUCCUUUCGCAUACUGCAGCUUAUUUCGGGCUGACAGGCCGAGAGCCAUUAGUCUUCUUACCAGCCCCGUUCUCAAACGAACCACCAACUGGAAAAGCUCACCUAAAACAAUGCGAGCAGAUGACCCUCACUCGACGCCAGAAAAGACUCUGUCGCCGCGAACCGGGUCUAGCAGAGACAUUGCGUGAAUCAGUGCGCCUCAGCCUCUUGGAGUGCCGUUACCAAUUCCGGAAUGAGCGCUGGAACUGCAGCCUGGAUGGACGUGGGAGCCUUCUGAAAAGAGGCUUCAAAGAGACAGCCUUUCUUCUGGCAGUAUCCUCCGCUGCAUUGUCCCAUGCAUUGGCCAAAGCAUGCAGUUCAGGCCGAAUGGAGAGGUGCACAUGCGAUGACUCCCCUGGCAUUCAGCAUCGCGAGGCAUGGCAGUGGGGGGUCUGUGGAGACAACCUGAAAUACAGCACCAAAUUUCUCAAGAAGUUCCUGGGCCAGAAGAGGGUCAGCAAAGACCUGAGGGCACAGAUCGACGCCCACAACAUCAACGUUGGAACUCGGGCAGUGAAAAGUGGACUGAAGACAACAUGUAAGUGUCAUGGCGUCUCUGGAUCCUGCGCUGUGAGGACUUGCUGGAAGCAGCUGUCGCCGUUCCACGACACCGGACGGCUGCUCAAGUUCCGUUACGACACGGCCAUCCGGGUUCUGAGUGUCACCAACACUGCCACCGGGGCGACGGAACUCGCGAGUCCGAGGCGCCAUGGCCAGAACCUCCGCUCGACGGACCUGGUCUUUCUGGAAGACUCCCCCAGCUUCUGCAGGCCCUCGCGAUACUCCCUGGGCACGGCCGGACGCUCCUGUGCCAAGGACACCAGCUGCCAGAGCCUGUGCUGUGGGAGAGGCUACAACACAGCCAUGCGCCUCACCACCCUCUCAUGCCACUGCCAGGUGCGCUGGUGCUGCCACGUGGAGUGUCAAACCUGCGUCAGGGAGGAGGAGGUCUACACCUGCAAAAAACACUGAUAAAGGGAAAGAAGAGAUAUGGGAGAGCAAUAAGACAGUGGGGAUUUAAACAAAGGAGCUAUGUCAAGCAUAGUCAAGGCUGGAAGUAAGGGAAGGAACACUUGAAGUAAGAGAAUGAGAAAGUGAUUGAAAGUUUGCCGGGUUUUGUUCCACUGAAAACUGUCUAAUGACACUCCAAAUUGCUGAACUGCAACCAUUCAUAGACACUGAUUUGAGGGAUUUGACAUGUAAGCACGUCUUCCCAGAUGAAGUAAAUAUUAUCCUGAGAAGAGCACGUAAUCUGAACAAGGUCAUGCUGUUGUUCGUUAUUGGCCAAUCGUUUGAAUCAAGCAUAGCUUUGCUGAGACAUUACUCAGGAGCG